UCAGGAUCUAAGCUUGUUAGUGAUAUCUUAGCCGUUGCAAUGAGUUUGAAAUCUCUUCAAAGAUAUAUAAAUGGUCAAUCAAGUUGUGAAAAUGAAUUGGGAAAACUAUUAAAUGCUUCUUAUGAAAGUCAGAAGUGGUCACAAGACGUGCUUAGAUUUUGGGGUGAUCCUUCCAAAGCUUUGUUGAAUUCAAGUUUGUUUGAUUUCGGACAAUUUAACGAUUGUAUCAGAUAUCAACAUGAAUCUUUCAGAGGAAAGUAUUGCAUUGCGAAGUUUUUGGCAGCGAAAGUUGAAACAAAUAAAGUUAAUUUCGAAGAUUCUCAUCCAAUUUGGACAUCACUAGCGAAAAUAACAAAAGAUUUCAAAUCUGGUUUAUGUGUUCCUAGCGUUUGUAAAGAAGAUGAGUUACAUAAAAUUGGAAAGGAUUUGAUUAAUCAACACGAUGUUCAGUUUGGUACUUUGCAAUGCUAUGAGCCUUAUACUUUCACAAGAAUUGAUUACGUGUUUAUAACUAGUAACGGUGAACAAGGAUCCUGCAAUCAUUCGAUGUAUCGAUGGAAUAAAAGUUUUGACAGCUGUUUGGGUCAUUAUUGGUCAUAG